AUGAAACUCUGUGUAUUAUUUGUUGUGUCUUGUCUCGCCUAUCAAAUCCGUAGUCAAGAUGUUGAUGUAUGUCAUGUGUAUGGGGAUCCUCAUCUGAUUCCAUUCUCUCAAGUUUCACAAUUGAAUCAGAAUGGGUAUUGGUGUAAAUUGUCGGGUGAACAGCAAAUUGUUCGAAAUAAUUUUGUUGAAAUCAAAGUAAAUAUGCACGAAGGAGUAUGGUCAAUAGAUAAAUACACAGUGACGUUUUUCGACAAUGACAAAGUACUUUGCAAAGUAACGGACCAUGAACAAGUUUGUGAUAGUCAGGCGGUUCGAAUCACCCGUCCAAGUUUAACACAUAUUGAAAUGUUCUACUCCAUCCCGGAAUUGUACAUCUCCAUUGUACCAUAUGAGUAUCCGUACAAAUGGUAUGAUAUUAGCAUUCUUAUGCCGAAUGAAUUAGUUCGUCAAUCUAAUGGUCUUUGUGUAGCACCAUCAGUGGACAAAUGCAUUGUUGAGAACGAGAUUCUAUCAGAAAAUAGCAUACCUCCAAUGUACAAAAAAAUGUGUGAAGUAUAUCAGACUGCUGGUGAUGAAGCAAAACUUUCUCUGAAUUUACCUGUUGAUCACUCUGUGCGCAAUCAUACUCUGCUCGCAUGUAUUCACGAUAUUCACAAUACAAACAACGUCGAUUUCGGUGCAAGUAUGGUCAACACGAUGGUAAAGGAUGGGAUAUUCAAGGAAUACAGUAACGAUAGUAUGUAUCAAUUUCAAGUAGUGGAGAGUACAAUAAUUAUCGAUCGAGUUAUUCGCACUGCAAGUAUUACAGCCAACGCAAUAUUCUCAACAACAACAUCGGUGACAACUACAGAUUCAACAAGUCAAGCAACACCCAAUGGUUCGUUGCCUGUGAGAUUGGUUUCAUGGACUUUGAACGUUUGUUUGGUUUUACUUUUAAUAAAAUAA